AUGAAUGAUGUUGAAAAAAACGUGAAUCACAUAAAAGAAUUUAUCCAGACAUUUUAUUUCGCGAAAAAUGUGGAAAUAGUGCUCGAUGAAUCUUCCCUAAAAAGUGUAAAUAAAACACCCAAGGAAAAUAACGCAAGCGUAAUUAACCUAUACUCCUGCUACUCAGUGUGGCUCUGUAUGAAUGAGAUUUACCCCUCAUGGUUUGACAUUUCGAUUCACCCGGCUCAGUUUGAGUCGGAGUUGGACGCCUACGAGUGCUUGCUAAAAUAUUUGAACGAAUACCACGAAAACAAGUUCGAAAGGAUAAUCAAAAGGGUUAUUGAAAAUUUAUUGGGCUUGACAGUGAACGAGUUCAUCGACAUAUACAGCUUAGUAAUUCUGGCUGCCCUCGUCUCGGAUGACAAGCAAAAACACAUAAACAACAUUUUGUCCCUUAGUCAUGAAACACAAAAAUAUAUACAUAGCAUUGUGGAGGUUUUGGACAAAGAGAACCUGAGUGAAUCCAUGAAAAACGAAAUCAAGCAGCUGAAGGAAAAAGUGAAAUAUCUAGAAAUGGAAAAUGAAAAUUUAACCAAUUCACUGACAGAGAAAAAUAAAACAAUCGAGGAGAACACUGAGAAGAUGGAGAAUCUGCAAAAGCAAAUUAAUGCAGCUUGCGAAAAGUCAAAAAAUCAGUACAUGACACAGAUAGAAGAACAAGAAAGGAAAAUCAAUGAACUGCAAAACAGCUUAGAAAAACAAACCAAAGAUAGGAGCCUCUUAGAAAAUGAUUUAAAGGGCAAAAUCAAAGAGCUGGAGGAUGAGCAAAAUAUCUUGAAGCAAGAAAAUUCCAAUAUAGAAAAUUUGCAAAAUAAAAUAAAUAAAUAUAAGGAAAAAUUGGACAGCCUAAUGGUUGUUCAAAAUAUCAACAAGGAAUUGGAAGACAAGCUUAGGGAUAACACUCAAAAAAUGGUGGACAUGGAAAAUGAAGUGGAAAAGUUGAAGCUCGAGUCAAGCAGUCUCAUCAUAUAUAAGGACAAAUGCGCAGAUUUGGAUGCCAACUUAGUGAACGCAAAGACGGAGAAUGAAAAACUGAAGCAGGACCUCGACGAGAAAAACAAAACCCUGCAACAGCUGAAAAAUGACCUAGAAGCGAAAAACCAGUCCUACGAACAGCUGAAGAAGGAGCAAAAUUUUGACAAAAUCAACAUAGGAUUAAGCAACGUGGACCAAACGGAGGAAUUGAUCAGGCUUAAAAAGGAAAACGAGAAUUUAAAGAAGAAAGUAUCGGAAGACACGAAUCAAGACAUGAACAAAGUGAAGGAGCUUGAAAACGAAAUUGACGAUUUAAAGAGAAUAAAUAAAAAGCUAGAAAAUAAAAUGUCGGAAAUGAUGGACAAGCAGGACGCAAAAGACGAUCCAACUCUGCAGGAAAAAUAUGAGAAAAUGUUAAAAGAAAUGGAAGAGAUGCAGAAGGAGGUAGAAGCAAAGCAGCAAGAAAUAGAUUCGAAACAGAAGGAGGUAGAAGCAAAACAGCAAGAAAUCGAUUCUAAAGAGAAAGAAGUAGAAGCAAAGCAGCAAGAAGUAGAGUCGAAACAGAAGGAAGUAGAAGAAAAGAAGCAAGAAAUUAAAGAACUGACUGAGACGAACCAAAGGAUGAAGAUUGAGAUGUCUAAUAUGCAGGGGAAUACAGACUUGGCAAUAAAUGAAAAAAUCAUAAAGCUAGAAGCCGAGUUGCUAAUGGAGAAGAAGAAUUGCGGACUCGUCGAAGAGACGACAAAGAAUAAACUGAGCAAGGAAUUUAAUGCGGCUUUACAAAUCUUUAAGGAACAAUUACAAAUUAGGGAAAAGGAAACCGAAUACUACAAGGAUGCACUGAAAACGCAAAUUGACAUUUCCAAGGAUGAACAGAAACUAUUAAGCGAAAUUAUCCACGGAUUAGGUCUCAAGUACAAACAGUUGCAAACUUACAAUUUGUCCUUACGGAACGAAAUCACGGGAAUAAAAUUAAGAGCCCAAACGUGCGCAGAAUUGGAGAAGAAAUAA